AUACUUUGAGUCCCUAUAUAUGGUGUAAUAAUUCUCACUAUACAUUCAGACAGCAGUACAAAAUGGCGAACUCACAAUAUGGUGUACUCUAUAAUAGUGAGUAAUUUUGGGCACAGCCUACUUCUUUGCUGUGACCACGUUAGUAGGAGUUUCUUGUCGGACAUAUUUAGGUAAACACAACUUGAUUCACGUGUGGUAGUGGAGGGCUCAUGUCAGACGUGGCUGUGAAUGCGAGUGAGUAUCGAGGUAUUACAGUUGUUACUCGAUAACGCUGUGUUAAACUUAAACAAAUGUAUAACACAGUGUAUGUGAAGCGCGUUGCCAUCAGCAGUGAGAACGAUUAAAAUGCCAAAGAAAAGAAAAGCACUGACAAAGACUGUAAAGAGAUGGAGCAGUGAUGAUGAGCAGCUCCCUCCUAAAUUGAGCAGGGUAAAGCAGAGUGAGAUGCCACCCCUUCUGUGCUUCGACAGCCCAGUCAGCUUGUUCGAGAGCCUAAUCCAGCCCAUGGAUAGAGAGGUGUUCUUCAGGGAGUACUGGGAGAAGAAACCUCUCCAUCUGCAGAGGUCUGAUUCCAGCACAGCCUCCUACUACCAGUCUUUGUUCCAGCUGUCUGACUUGUACAGCUUGUGUUCUCAGGGUAUGGAAUACUACAGGGAUGUCAACGUUGUUCGCUGCACCAAUGGCAAAAAAGAAGUGCUCAACAAGGAAGGGCAAGUUAAGAGCAGUGUUCUCACUAAAUACUUGUCUCAGAAUAAGGCCACCAUCCAGUUCCACCAGCCACAGAGGUUCAAGGAUGAAUUGUGGAGGAUCCAGGAGAAGCUGGAGUGUUUCUUUGGAGCCUUGGUGGGCUCUAACGUCUACAUCACACCACAGGAGUCCCAGGGCCUUCCAGCUCACUAUGAUGAUGUUGAGGUGUUUAUUCUGCAGCUGGAGGGACAGAAACAGUGGCUCCUCUACACUCCUACCGUUCCACUGGCAGCAGAGUACAGUGUGGAAUCAGGGGACAGGAUCGGUAGCCCAACUCAUGAUAUUAUACUUAAGGCUGGAGAUCUUCUCUACUUUCCCAGAGGAACUAUCCAUCAAGCCAAGACUCCAGCAGGAGUGGAUCACUCCACCCACUUGACUCUCAGCACCUACCAGAGAAUGUCAUGGGGAGAUAUGCUGUUGGACGUAUUUCCGAGCUUGCUAUGUGACAGCAGCAAGACUGAUAUUAGUCUGAGAGAGGGCAUGCCCAGAAGACUCCUGCUGGGUAGCAGUGAGGACCUAGACACCAGCAGGCGGCUGGCCAGUGUCCUCAGAUCUUUGGCUGAUGAAAUGGAAACAGGAAAGCUGGGAGUCCAUUCCACUCACAUGAAGAGAGACUUUAUCAUGAACAGACUGCCACCAUACAGCCAGCAGCUACUUACACCAUCUCAGAGGAUUCCUGCCAUGGAGGAUAUGGUGUGUUUGAGAUUUAAAGACCACAUGGUAAUAACAGUGGAGCCCAGCCAAGAGAGAACAGAUGAGGCCCCAGAGCUGGUUGUCCUUGUCUUACACUCUUUGAAGAACCAGAGGGAGAGCCACAUGAUGGGUGGACUUUGUGUUGAAGAGGAGGAACGUGAUAUCUCCAGGGGUCUGAAGUUUCCUCUGUCACACCUCCAGGCUCUGCGACAGCUCCAAAAGGCAGAGCACCUGGCUGUGGCCCAGCUCCAGCUGCCCACAGACGAGGCCAAACUCAAUCUGGUCCUGGCUCUCUGGAGUGAGAGCCUGUUGCAUGUGCUGUAGCACACCACAAUAUCACUGAAGUAUUACAUCAAUAUAUGUUGAUUUUUAAUAAUACUUCUUGGUGAUUUAUUGCGUUUUUCUCCUGAAUAAAGUUGCCAUGCCUCCAGCACUGCAAAUGUAA